AUAGCCUUUGGACCCAAGAAUCGCUCAAUUGGUGCUGCAGCUAAAAGCCAGGUUAUUUCAAAUGCAAAGAAUACAGUACAAAGUUUUAAAAGAUUUCAUGGUCGUGCAUUCUCAGAUCCCUUUGUUCAAGCUGAAAAAGCAAGCCUUGCGUAUGAACUUGUCCAGCUGCCAACAGGCUCAACUGGCAUCAAGGCCAUGUAUAUGGAGGAAGAAAGAAGCUUUACUAUUGAACAGGUGACAGGAAUGCUUCUUACCAAAUUAAAAGAGACUGCUGAGAAUGCGCUUAAGAAGCCUGUAGUUGACUGUGUUGUUUCUGUUCCUUGUUUCUACACAGAUGCAGAAAGGAGGUCUGUGAUGGAUGCUACACAGAUUGCUGGUCUCAACUGUCUGAGACUAAUAAAUGAAACAACUGCAGUGGCCCUUGCUUAUGGAAUCUAUAAACAAGACCUGCCUGCCUUGGAAGAGAAGCCACGGAAUGUUGUUUUUGUGGAUAUGGGGCAUUCUGCGUAUCAAGUUUCUGUUUGUGCAUUCAACAAAGGAAAACUGAAAGUUCUUGCCACAUCAUUUGAUACAACACUUGGAGGCAGGAAGUUUGAUGAGAUGCUAGUUGAAUACUUUUGUGAAGAAUUCGGAAAGAAAUAUAAACUAGACAUAAAGUCAAAGAUUCGUGCGUUGUUGAGGCUGUACCAGGAAUGUGAAAAACUGAAGAAACUGAUGAGUGCUAAUGCCUCUGAUCUCCCAAUGAACAUAGAAUGCUUCAUGAAUGACAUAGAUGUCUCUGGAACAAUGAACAGAAGCAAAUUUUUAGAGAUGUGUGAUGGGCUCCUUGCAAGAGUAGAACCACCCCUUCGCAGUGUGCUGGAGCAAGCCAAGUUAAAGAAGGAAGAUAUUUAUGCAGUAGAGAUAGUUGGUGGUGCCACAAGAAUCCCUGCUGUGAAAGAGAAGAUCAGUAAAUUUUUUGGCAAAGAAGUCAGUACAACUUUGAAUGCAGAUGAAGCCGUUGCACGAGGUUGUGCACUGCAGUGUGCUAUUUUAUCCCCGGCUUUCAAAGUGAGAGAAUUUUCUAUCACAGAUUUGAUACCAUAUCCUAUUUCUUUACGAUGGAACUCACCAGCAGAGGAAGGGUUAAGUGACUGUGAGGUGUUUCCCAAGAACCAUGCCGCUCCAUUUUCUAAGGUCCUCACAUUCUACAGAAAGGAACCUUUUACUCUUGAGGCGUACUACAGUUCUCCUAAGGAGCUGCCCUACCCAGAUCCUGCUAUAGCUCACUUCUUGGUUCAGAAGGUCACUCCUCAAACAGAUGGAUCCAGUUCAAAAGUGAAGGUCAAAGUUAGAGUAAAUAUCCAUGGCAUCUUCAGUGUUUCAAGUGCGUCUUUAGUGGAAGUUCAUAAAUCUGAUGAGAAUGAAGAGCCUAUGGAAACAGAUCAGCAUGCAAAAGAUGAAGAGAAGAUGCAAGUAGACCAGGAAGAGCAACAAAAGACUGAAGAACAACAGCAGCCCCAACCCGAAAAUAAGGCAGAGUCUGAAGAAAUGGAGACUUCUCAGGCUGACUCAAAAGACAAGAAAGUGGAUCAGCCACCUCAAGCCAAGAAGGCUAAAGUAAAGACUACUACCGUGGACCUUCCCAUUGAGAAUCAGUUGGUGAAAAUUUCAUUAGCUCAUCUCUGGAAAUGUUCUUUUCAGCCAACUAAUGUGACAACUUGUUCACAGGGUAAAAUGAUAAUGCAGGAUAAGCUUGAGAAAGAGAGGAAUGAUGCCAAGAACGCGGUGGAAGAAUAUGUGUAUGACAUGAGAGACAAACUCUGCAGUGUUUAUGAGAAAUUUGUUAGUGAAGAUGAUCGGAAUAGUUUCACACUGAAGCUGGAAGAUACUGAAAAUUGGCUUUACGAGGAUGGUGAAGACCAACCCAAACAAAUUUACAUUGAUAAAUUGACAGAGCUGAAGACUCUGGGUCAACCGAUUCAGGCAAGAUUUCAAGAGUCGGAGGAAAGACCAAAAGCAUUUGAGGACUUGGGGAAGCAAAUUCAACAGUACAUGAAAACUGUUCAUGCAUUCAAAGCAAAGGAUGAACAGUACGACCACCUCGAUGAAGCGGAUGUAGCGAAAGUGGAGAAGAGUGCAAAUGAAGCGAUGGAGUGGAUGAACAACAAACUUAAUCUUCAGAACAAGAGAAGUCUUACUUUGGACCCGGUUAUAAAAGCUAAAGACAUACAAGCUAAAACUAAAGAGUUGACAAGUGUUUGCAACCCUAUAGUCACCAGACCCAAACCGAAGGUGGAACUGCCGAAGGAGGAGCAGAAGCCAGCAGAACCCAAUGGACCAGUGGAGGGGCAGGGUGAGGCUGGCAGUGCACCCCAGGAUGCUGAGCAGAGUGCGGCCCCUCCAGCCCCCCCGGAGAAGAAGCUGCCUGAGAUGGACAUUGACUGAAGGGCAGCACUUGCUGAUGUUACUGCAGACUACAAUAAAGCUUUAAGUUGU